UCUAUUUUCGGUGCCAAAUUGUACAGUCGAAAUGUUGUUCUACAUUUUUUUAACGACUGUGGGAAUUUCCUUAGCAUCAACAGUGGAUUAUGAAGACUAUGGGAUUUUAGGCCCUCCAAUUUACUUUGAAAAAUCUGUGUACAGGGCAAAAGUUGUCGACCGUGCCAUCGAACUGUUAGAUGGACCAAUAACUCUACAAAAUUGCUAUCCAUAUAACUUCAACGUAGUAGCGAUUGCAGAUGAGGGUAAAUAUUUCACAGUGCCCGACAUCGGCCCAGGCUGUAACUAUAACUGUUCCAUUUGUUUUUCCGCAUUCGUGAGAGAAAAUGUCAAUCCAAGCGAAGUACUCUACGACACCAUAACUCUGGAGGUUCACAGCGAGUUCUACGGAAUCUCCAGUACGACUAUAAUAAUCGUGUACUCGUCGGAAUAUGACCCGUAUAAGUUAGUUUACAAUAUAAACGGGACAGAGUACGUCAUUUUAAACUACUUCUAUUUCAAAAUAUUCCUUUUCAUAAUAAUUGUAACCGGCAUACUUUUGCUUGUCCUGGAGAUUAGGGAAAUAAUUCUCAAGCACAAGGACAAAGAGUACGCCCCAGUUAAUGACGAAGUAAAUUAUAUUUAAGGAGA